AUGCCUCGCCCGUCUUUCGUUUCCUCCUCCUCCGGCGGCCGGCUGCUCCACAUCCUCCUCCUCACUCUCGCUGCAACAACAACGACCUUCGUGUCGGCCCUACGGUUCGAUGCCAGCCAAGUCGACUACAACCUCAACCGCAACCGCACAGCCACCAACCCGCUCGACUACUGGGGGUCACGGCAAGAUGACGAGCCAGACUUCAAGUACGCCGAGUCGCCGACCAACUGGCGGAUGCCGUUCUAUACGAUAUUCCUGGACCGGUUUGUGAACGGGAAUCCAGCGAAUGACGAUAUCAAUGGGACGAUGUACGAGUCCGAUUUCAUGAGCACGCAGCUCCGGUUCGGUGGGGACCUGGCUGGGUUGAAGGACUCGCUGGAUUACAUUGAGGGCAUGGGUGUCAAGGCUGUUUACAUUGCUGGCUCGCCAUUCAUCAACUUGCCGUGGGGUGCCGAUUCGUACUCGCCCGUCGACUUGACGCUUCUCGAUAAGCACUAUGGUGACAUCAAGGCAUGGCAAGAGGUCAUCGACGACAUCCACUCCCGGGGGAUGAUGAGCGACUUGAUCGGCUUCCAAGGCUACCUCAACACGAGUACACCCUUCCAAACAGCAGAACACAAGGUCGAGUGGAAGACAUCACGGCGGUACCUUGACUUCGACAUCGGCAACGAGUACAACGCGUCGUGUGAAUAUCCGCAGUUCUGGUACGAGGACGGCACGCGCAUCUACCCCGACGGCCUGAAGGGUUGCUACGACUCAGACUUCGACCAGUACGGUGACGUCGAAGCGUUCGGUGUGUUUCCCGAUUGGCAACGUCAACUGGCCAAGUUCGCGUCCGUCCAAGACCGUCUCCGUGACUGGGAGCCGUCCGUUGCUGCGCGCCUGCAGCGGUUCUCGUGCAUGACGAUCCGCAUGUUAGACGUCGACGGGUUCCGUAUCGACAAGGCCGUGCAGGUGACGGUUGACGCGCAAGCGGCGUUCAGCACGGCGAUGCGGGAUUGCGCGCGGGAGGUUGGCAAGGAGAACUUUGUGGUGUUUGGGGAGAUCACCAGUGGCAACGACCUGGGUUCGGUGUACCUCGGCCGCGGGCGGGAGUCCAAGGCCACUCGGGCAAUCGGGGACUGGACCAAGGCGAUCGCGUUGACACCCCCUGAGACGGCCGAUGAAGGCGGUCAGUGGCUACGCGACAAGGGCCACAGCGCCUUGGACGCUGGAGCGUUCCACUACUCGGUGUACCGGUUUAUGACGCGGUUCCUGGGCCUCCAAGGCAAUCUCGAAGCGGGCCACGACCUGCCGCUGGACUGGGUGGAUGCCUGGCACCAGAUGGUGCAGAGCAACGACUUCUUCAACCCGAACAACGGCGAGUUCGACCCGCGGCAUCUCUACGGCGUGACAAACCAGGACGUGUUCCGGUGGCCGGCGAUCGAACAAGGCGUGGAGCGCAUGCUGCUGGGAUAUUUCAUCACGACGCUACUAAUGCCGGGAGCGCCGCUAGUGUACUACGGCGAGGAGCAGGCGCUGUACGCUCUCGACGGCACGGCGUCCAACUACGUGUACGGGCGACAGGCGUUUGCCCCCUCCCCGGCGUGGAAGGCGCACGGGUGCUUCCAGUUGACGAUCGAUCAGUACCUCGGGUGGCCAGUCAGCAAAGGGCGCGAGGCAUGCCAUGACGAGGCCGUGGCGUGGGACCAUCGCGACCCGUCGGCGCCGCUGCGCAACAUCUUCCGACACAUGUUUGCGCUACGGGAGAACUUACCGGUGCUACAGGACGGCUGGCUGCUGGAGAACCUGGCCAAGCAGGUCGACCUGGUGGCCAUCAACGGCAGCGCGACCAAGACGGAAGUCGGCAUCUGGAGCGUGGCGCGUGGGUUGUACACGCCCGUGCAGAACGGUACAGACAAGCCGGUGUGGCUCGUGUAUCACAACCGGCCGACUCAAAAGACAUACAAGUUUGACUGCGGCAAGAAGGACGAGGCGUUUAUCGCACCGUUUGACGACGGCGCCAAGGUACAGAACCUGUUUAGUACGAGCGAAGGCGACGACGAGCCGCUUACCCUCGAGCCCUCGGCGCGCACGACCGACUUUACGAGCAGCGGGAAAACGGCCGGGUGCGUGAGCAGCAUCACCCUCGAGCCGUUCGAGUUCCGGGCGUACGUCGAGACGGAACGCUGGGUACAGCCAGCGCCGAUGAUCACGCGGUUCGAGCCGGGCCACGAUUUCCCGAUGGACGCGACGGAUCGCGAGGGGUCGAUCGACAUUGCGAUCGAGUACAACGUUGAGAUGGACUGUGACUCGGUCAGCAAGGCGCUGUCGGCGAUAGUGACGGUGGACGGUACGAAGGACCCCAGCGAGGUCAAAUUCGACACGCCGAAGUGCAACAAGAAUACAGCAGUGAGCAAGAACAAGAACAAGAAGAUCCCGUACACAGGCGCGAUCCAGUCGAGCUGGCGGCUUGAGACCACGCUGCGUAACGUUCCCGACGGCAUCGUCAAGGUCAGCGUCGCCAGCAACGCAACCACCAAAGCAGAUGCCUCGGUGUCGACCAGCGCAACGGACCACUUCCUCAUCCGCUUCGGCCGCGGGACCAACCCGGUGGUAUUUCCCGCAUCCAACUACUCCCGCGAGCUGCUCUCCAUGGAGGGCUCAACCAUGUACGUGCAGCACAACGCAGCAGGCGCCACACACUGGCGGUACAGCACCAACUGGGCGUCCUCGUGGAGCGACUGGAUCCCAUACGACUCCGCCAACCCCCGCUCAAAGCUCACCAAGCUCCCCUGGAAGGGCACCGGCCUGCAGGAGUGGACGGGCGACCACCUGACGGUGCAGUACUACAGCCGGCCGCUAGGGUCGUCCGCAUUCAUGCAGCACUCCGACAGCGGCGACAUCGUGUACGAGCGUGGGUUCCCGCACAUCCGCAUCCACGGGCCCUACAACAAAUGGGGCUACGACGCGGGGUUGCCGGGUUCCAUGGAUCUCGUGGGUCAUCGGCAGUGGUCGCUUCACUUCAUGUACGAGUGGCCGGCUGCGUUCCAGCUGAAUAUCUGGGGUAUCAACCCUGAUAACCAGCCUGACGUGGGGGCUAUCUACGGGGAUAUCGAUAACGAUGGUAUUGUCGACCGGUUGCCGCCGAGCAGUCUGACCGAGAACGUGAUCAACAUCACCAAACCACCACCGAUGCCCGCGUUGGCGUACCAGCUGGUGUACAACGAUGCGACAUGGCAGUUUGAGUACAUCCCCAGCGGGCAUGUGGGCAUUCAGAUUGUGCUGUUCAUCCUGUUGGCCGUGCUGCCGGUUCUGACAGCGGUGCUGGCCGGGUGGGUGUACAUGCGCAGUUUCUACCAGGUCAAGGUCAACAAGUCCGGAUUCACGGCCAAGGGAUGGGUGCCGUUGGGGCUGUCGAAGCUCGACCUGAAGGCGUUUGGCAGCGGGAAGAGCAAAGGGGGCGUCGAGAUGAACGCUAUGUCGCCUAGCCCCCCCUCAAGCACCAUCAUUCCCGUUAAUGGUGCUGCUGUUGGUGCUGGCGCUGCUUUGGGCGCAAAGAAGCGCACCGUCCUAAUCGCGACGAUGGAGUACAACAUGGACGACUUCGGCAUCAAGAUCAAGAUCGGCGGUCUCGGUGUCAUGGCCCAGCUGAUGGGCUCAGCCCUCUCGCACAUCGAUCUGAUCUGGGUCGUUCCCGUGGUCGGCGACGUCGACUACCCGACCGACCGCAUGACGCGCGCCGAGUCCAUGUUCGUGCAGGUCAUGGGCCAGCCCUACGAGAUCGAGGUGUACUACCACACAGCCAAGAAUAUUACUUUUGUCCUCCUCGACGCCCCCAUCUUCCGCAAGCAGACCAAGGCUGACCCCUACAUCGCCCGCAUGGACGACAUCGAGAGCGCCAUCCUGUACGCCGCCUGGAACAGCUGUAUCGCCGAGACCAUCCGCCGCUUUCCCGUCGAUGUGUACCACAUUAACGACUAUCACGGAGCUGCGGCGCCCUUGUACCUGCUCCCGCAGACGAUCCCUUGCUGUCUGUCGCUGCACAACGCCGAGUUCCAGGGCAUGUGGCCGAUGCGUACCCCUGACGAGGCCAAGGAAGUGUGCGACGUGUUCAACUUACCCCCCGAUGUGGUCAAGGACUACGUGCAGUACGGCUCAGUCUUCAACCUGCUCCACGCGGCCGCGAGCUACCUGCGCAUCCACCAGCGCGGAUUUGGCGCUGUGGGUGUCUCUCGGAAAUACGGCGACCGUUCCCUCGCUCGCUAUCCUAUUUUCUGGAGUCUCAAGAACAUCGGCCAGCUGCCCAACCCGGACCCCUCCGACACGGCCGAGUGGGACCCCAGCAAGGACGUCGCGAAACAAUCCGACGCCCACGGCAUCGACGUAGACCAGAGCUUCGAGGAGAAGCGCGCCGACCUGCGACGACAGGCACAAGAAUGGGCCGGGCUGGAAGUCGACCCCUCAGCCGAGCUGUUCGUCUUCGUCGGCCGUUGGAGUCUCCAGAAGGGCGUCGACCUGAUCGCCGAUAUCUUCCCCAGCAUUCUGGCCAAGUAUCCCAAGACCCAGCUCAUCUGCAUCGGCCCCGUCAUCGACCUGUACGGCCGCUUCGCCGCGCUCAAGCUGCAGAAGCUGAUGGACAUGUACCCCAAGCGCGUCUUCAGCAAGCCUGAGUUCACCCAACUUCCCCCUUAUAUCUUCUCGGGCGCCGAGUUCGCCCUGAUCCCAUCCCGUGAUGAGCCCUUCGGCUUGGUCGCCGUCGAGUUCGGCCGCAAGGGCGCCCUUGGUGUGGGUGCUCGCGUCGGUGGAUUGGGUCAGAUGCCCGGGUUCUGGUAUACCGUCGAGUCCAUGACACCUUCGCAUCUGCUACAGCAGUUCAAGCAGGCUAUUGUGUCCGCGCUGGACUGCAAACCCUCCAAGCGUGCCCUGAUGCGCGCCUGGAGUGCGAAGCAGCGCUUCCCCGUAGCGCAGUGGGUCAAGCAGCUCGACGAGCUGUACGCCGAGUCCAUCCGCAUCCACAACAAGGAGGCCCGUAAGCGCAAGCUCGACGCCCUGCGCCCGCCCAGUCCCAACCCCUCCCGCCCAUCGUCCCGGCCUACCUCCCCUCGCCCAGCUUCGCCAGCCAGCACGACCACCUACGUUGACGGGGCAAACCCCUCCUCACGCACCGCUUCGCCCGCUCCCAAUACCCGCGGACUAAUGACCCCUGACCUACCCAGCCCGUCCGCGCCUUGGUUAACAGCGCCCAAACUCCCCGGCUCCUCACCGCGCGACUCCACCGCCAGCUCCAUCGCAGAGAGCAUUUAUGGCGCCGGUGGCGGUCUCCACGGCGCACGCGACAGCACCCUCAGCGUCGACAGCUUCGCCGUGCGCGCCCAACGCGACGGUACCAUCUCCCCUGGCCCGGGUCUCGCUCCUCCCGGUGCCGCUGGUACUUCCCUCGGAGGCGGUCUCGCCCCCCCUCGACCGGCCCACAUGCUCGGCCAAAGCCACCGCAACAGCAGCCUGCUCAGUCUCCCCGACGUCGUCGGCGACCGGCACGAUCUCAAGCUCCAACAGGUCGACCAGUUCUUCAACGAUGCCCACGGCGAGUACUUCGCCAUGUACGAAGAGAUGCUCGACGGCCACGGCCCCGCCGGCAGUGGCCUAACCCCGCAGAACUCGGCCACUGACCUGUGCAUCGAGACGUUCAUCAAGAAGAGCGAGAAAGAGUGGUUUUCACGGUAUCGCGAGGCGAAGCUCGGCAGGCCGCACUCGAAAUUCAUGGGUACGGGUAGCGCGAGUAGCCCGACGAGUCCUGGCGGGAGCAGGCCGCAGUCGAGGAAUGGAUCGGCAAGGAAUGAGUCAGUUGUCAGUCGCGGGCGGCAGAGACAUCGGAGUAUGACGCCCAGUAGUAUGAUUGGAAGGUCGGUGUUUGGGGAGUCGCCUCCGGAGGAGGAGAAUCAUGUGGAUGAUGAGUUCUUGUUGGGUGAGGGGUAUCAAGCGCCCACGGGGUUGAAAAAAAUCCUCUCCAUCCGCCUCGGCGACUGGCCCCUCUACUCCAUGCUCCUCGCCCUCGGCCAAGUCAUUUCCGUCUCCUCGUACCAAAUCGUCCUGCUCACCGGCGAGACCACCCAGACCCCCGAGAAACUCUACAUGGUCGCCGGCACCUACCUCGUGACCUCUCUCCUCUGGUGGGCCCUCGAGCGCAACGCCAAAUCUGUCUAUGCCCUGUCCGCGCCGUGGUUUUUCUUUGGGUUUGCCUUCUUGAUGAUUGGUGUUGCGCCGUUUAUCCCGGAUUGGAGGGUUGCGAACAAGAUUGAGGACGCUGCGACUUGCUUUUAUGCGGCUGGUGCUAGCAGUGGCGCCUUGUCGUUUGCCCUGAAUUUCGGUGAUGAGGGCGGCGCUCCCACCAAACAAUGGAUCACACGCGCCCUGACCGUCUCCGGCUUCGCCCAAGUCUACAGCAUCGGCCUCUGGUACUGGGGCUCCAUCGUCGCCAACAUGGACCCCACAGCCACCGUCUUCGUCGGCACCUCCAACAUCCCCCAAGCCAUCGUCGUCGGCGUACCCCUCGCCAUCCUCUUCUGGGCUGUCGGCGUCGUCCUCUACCUCGGCCUCCCCGACUUCUACCGCCAAUCCCCCGCCACCAUCCCAGGCUUCUACAUCUCCCUCUAUCGCCGCAAACUCGUCCCCUGGUUCUUCGUCAUGAUCAUCCUCCAAAACUACUGGCUGUCCGCCCCCUACGGCCGCUCCUGGCAGUUCCUCUUCGAUACCCAGCACGUCCCCGGUUGGGGCAUCUUCAUCCUCGCCCUCGGCUUCUACUGCGGCCUCUGGGCCCUCGUCCUCUACGCCUUCUCCUACUACUCCGACGAACACACCUGGUUACUCCCCAUCUUCGCCAUCGGCCUGCUCGCCCCGCGCUGGGCCCAGGAAUUCUGGGGCACCAGCGGCAUCGGGUGGUAUCUCCCCUGGGCCGGCGGACCCGUCGGGUCAGCCAUCGUCUCGCGCUGUCUGUGGUUGUGGCUGGGUCUGCUGGAUAACAUCCAAGGCGUCGGGUUGGGGAUGUUGUUGCUGGCGACGCUGACGCGGCAGCAUGUGUUGACGGUGUUGAUUGGUGCGCAGGUGGUGGGGAGCGCGUUUACGAUGUUGGCGCGCGCGACGAGUCCCAACUCGCUGUCGCCGCAUACGACUUUCCCGGAUUUCUCGCAGGGGGUGAUGCCGGGGGUGGCGAGCCCGUUCUUUUGGGUGUGUUUAGGCUUUCAGUUGAUCAUUCCCAUUGGGUUUUUUAAGUUUUUCCGCAAGGAACAGGUGUCGAAGCCGUAG